AUGUCUAGACGUUUAAAGGACUAUUAUGGCUUGCUUAGUGUUGCAAGAAAUGCAACACAAUCAGAUAUUAAAAAAGCCUAUGUAAAAUUAGCAAAAUUAUACCAUCCCGAUUUACAUGAUAAUAAUGAUCCAAAGUUUACAUCCAAACAGGAAAUGUUUAAAGAAAUUACAGAAGCCUAUAGUAUUUUAAAUAAUCCAAGGAAGAGAAGUGUAUAUAAUACAGAAUUAUAUGAAGUUGAAAAGGCAACAAAUCUACGAGAUGGAUCUUCAGUACCACUCGAACCAAAAUUAUAUGAAAUGAGUGCAGAAGAAAAAGAAGCUCUCGGAAAGCAAAUUAAAAAGAUUAGAUUUAGGAAAGUGAGGAGAUUAUUUAUUAUUGUUUUGGCUUUAUUCGUCAUUGGUUGGUAUGCCAAAUUCAAGUAUAUUUUCUUGAGAAUGUACAACAGAGAUAUUGGAAACAAAGUAAUAUUUAAGGAUAAAGAAGGAGUGGACGCAGAAGUUAUUUCCGAAGUGAAUAGAAGAUUUUCUGCUGAAUUGGCAAGAGUCAGAGAAGAAAGAGAAAAACAAGGAAUUCUUCGUCAACCAACCAAAAAGAUGGGAACCGCUGCUACUGCAAACACAAACACUGUUGAAAAGGAAUAA